UAAAGAGAGGACCAAAAUAACGGAAGGAAAGGGUCUUUGGAACCCUCUUUCAUCGAAAAACCCUAGCAAUGGCUGACCCGUUGGUCGCCGAGCAACCUCCUAACCAGAAACCUCACAAUUUCUCAUCGGAAUUCGAUUCCCUCUCAAUUCCGCCUCUCGAUUUUCUUUACUUCUCUGAAAACAACAGUAAUGGUGUUAACAACAACAGUAUGAGCUCCGAGGCGUACAUUUCGGAUCUUGGGAUGGGGUUUGGGUACGACGAGAGCGCAGAUUUCGAGCUCACAUUCGAGGACCUCGAAAAUCUCGAAAUCCCCUUCGAAGCCGAAGACUUUCUCAUUUCCGACGGGCUCGAUGCGGUUCAGCCGGGUGCGGUACCGGGUCAAACGGUUCAUCUCUCCAAUUCGUCGUCGCAGGAAUCGGGUGUUUCUGAAGUUUCCAGCCAUCGGGGCUCGGACGUUGCUAAGUUCUUGAAUCUCCCGGUGUCGGACUCUGAUAGCUACGGCCGCGAGUAUUCCCCGCAGACUUCUUCCGAGAAUUCGGGCGAUCGGGACCGGGAUGUCGCUCGGAUUAUGAAUUUGUCGUCGCCGGAAUCGGGUGGUUGCGACCGCGAGUUCUCGGGCGGGUCGGUCUCGUCGCAGGGUUCAGGGUACCGGCCGCCAUCUCCCGAUUCAGCGAAUGUGAUUGUGGUCGAUCAGACGAUUAAGGAGGAGGCGGAAAUGGGGUUGAAAAAUUGCGUGUCGAAGAGGAAGAAAGAGCAAGAUGAAGGGAACGUCACGGAUUCGAGGACCGCGAAGUACCGGAGGUCGUUGGAGAAUGAAGAGGUGUGCGAAGAGGAAGAGAAGAGGAAGGCGAGGCUGAUGAGGAACCGCGAGAGCGCGCAGCUGUCGAGGCAGAGGAAGAAGCACUACGUGGAGGAGCUGGAGGAUAAGGUGAGGGCUAUGCAUUCCACUAUUUCCGACUUGAACAGUAAGAUAUCGUAUAUUAUGGCCGAGAACGCCACUCUGCGCCAGCAACUGAGUGCGAGUGGCGGUGCCGCUGGUGGCAUGUGUGCUCCGCAUUCGGGGAUGUACCCGCAUCCCGCUAUGGCGCCCAUGGCUUAUCCGUGGGUGCCGUGUGCCCCCUAUGUGGUAAAACCGCAAGGGUCCCAGGUUCCGUUGAUACCGAUACCCAGACUGAAAUCACAGCAGCCUGCAUCUGCCCCAAAGGUGAAGAAGUCGUUGAGUAAGAAGGAGGGGAAAACUAAGAAGGUUACGAGUGUUAGUUUUCUGGGUUUGUUGUUUUUCGUCUUGCUUUGUGGUGGGCUGGCUCCUUUUGUGAAUGUUAGAUAUGGAGGAAUUGGGGACAAAGUUACCGGGGGAUACGGUUAUGUUAGUGAUAGGUUCUAUGAUCAGCAGCGUGGUAAGGUUUUGGGUGUUAAUGGCUAUUUGAAUGGAUCUGGUGGAAGUGUGGGAGUUGGAUUUUCUAGAGGGCAAUUUGAUAUUUCUAAUAGAAUAAAUUAUGAGAGAGGUUGCAUACGAGGGGAAGCGUCGAAAUUUGAAGGAAAAGAUCAAGGAUCACAGCCUUUACCGGGUUCAGAUGAAUUUGUUAAUUUGGGCAACGCUAGUGAGCGUCUUGUUGCUUCUUUGUAUGUGCCGAGGAAUGAUAAACUUGUGAAGAUUGACGGUAACUUGAUAAUUCAUUCUAUUCUGGCCAGUGAGAAAGCUAUGGCAUCUCAGGCUACUCCUGGAAAGGAAGAUAAUACAAAAACUGGUUUAGCAAUACCUAGAGAUUUGGCUCCGGCUUUGGCCAUUCCUGAUGUUGGAGGGAAUAGAGGGAGACAUUCUCACUUGUACGGAAAUCCUACUGGAGGACACAAGGCUCUUGCCUCUGGCUCUGCGGACGCUAUGAAGGACCAUUCGAAGUCGACUGCAGCAGAUGGUAAACUGCAACAAUGGUUCCGUGAAGGCCUUGCAGGGCCAAUGUUGAGUUCUGGCAUGUGCACCGAGGCGUUCCAGUUUGAUGUCUCGCCAGCUUCUUCUCCAGGAGCUAUAAUUCCGGCAUCCACAGUUUCCAAUGUUCCAGCAGGACACCGUCGGAACAACGCUACUCGUCUUAACAAGGGGAGGAAUAGAAGGAUCCUCCACGGUCUUCCAGUUCCCUUGCCCGGAUCUAAUUAUAACAUUACUGAAGAACAUGUGCGGAAAAAUUCACAGAAGGAAAGCUUUCAAGGUAAUAAAUCUUCUCCAAUAAUUGUUUCUGUGCUUGUUGAUCCCAGAGAGGGUGGCGACAGUGAAGUUGAUGGGAUGAUCAAACCAAAAUCACUUUCUCGGAUAUUUGUUGUGGUGCUUUUGGACAGCGUAAAGUAUGUGACUUACUCAUGUGUGCUUCCGCGUUCUUCUGGUCCUCAUCUGGUGACGACUUGAAGGUUGAUGGUAGUUUUUGGAGAUAACGGAAUACUAAUCCAAUCCAACCCAACCCCGGCUCCUCAGUUUUGUAUAUAACAUAAUAAUUAUCAGCAAUUUUAGCCUCCAAAAUGUACUCUCUGAAUGUCCUCCCUCUACUUUGAUAACUUAAACUUGUUAGGUUAAGAUGUAGAACAUUAGCUCUUUUCUUUUGAAAUGGAUCUGUUGCUGUUGUUCUUGCUAUAGAUGUACGAUUCUCAUUGAGAUGAAGUGUAGCACUGAUUACGGCCAUUUUACUAAAUAUAUAUAUGGGGCAAGUUAUUUGGUAUUCUUACAA